AUGCAGUUCAAGUCCGCCGCUAUCUCCGCCAUUGCCCUUCUCUUCGCCGGCCAGGCUAUGGGUGCCGCGAUGAUUGCUACCGACCCUGUCUCGGCUUGCAACUGCCCCAACAACUGCUCUCACAUCAGCGGCUCUAGCUGCAAGUACCGUGCUGGUCCUUCCGACUCUUCGUCGGUUGUUGACGGAAAGUGCACUCCCCAGAACGGUGGCCAGCUCACUUGCAUGCCCAAAUAAGCGGAUCCGCUAGCAUUGGCCAUGAGUAGGGGGAUUGGACGAUAGAUGAUAGAUGGGGGUUGGAAUAGACGGAGG